AUGUCACCAUCUAAGACUCAUUCAAUUUCAAAGAACAUAAACCCUUAUUAAAAAGCUCACAAGUUCCCCUUUCUCACUUUCAUUUUCCAAACUCUCCAAUCUUCCUUCCUUCCUCUCCAAUUUCCCUCCUCCCACACGUGUGCUAGCUCUCAACAAUUGCAUAGCUAGCUUCAUGAACACCCAAGCACCACCCCCACCACCAUCACCACCAUCAUCACCACCUCAAGGCCUAACCAAAGAGGAGUACACCACCCUACAACCCCUCAUCCAAACCUACCACACUUUCCACCCAAAUCCACCCAACACAACCUCCUCCCUUAUCACCCAACGCAUCGACGCCCCGGCCGAUACCAUCUGGCCGUAUGUACGCAGUUUUGACAACCCACAGCGGUACAAACACUUCAUAAAGAGCUGCCGUAUGACCUCGGGUAAUGGCUCAUCUGUCGGCAGUGUCCGCGAGGUCAGCGUCGUGUCCGGUCUACCUGCUUCGACUAGCACCGAACGCCUUGAACUUCUCGACGAUCAACACCGCGUCAUUAGCUUCCGUGUUGUUGGUGGACAACAUCGCCUACGCAACUACAAGUCUGUCACAUCGCUCAAUGAGUUCUACACCAACGAUGAACAAGUUUAUACAAUAGUGUUGGAGUCUUAUAUUGUUGAUAUUCCUGAAGGUAAUUCUGCUGAAGAUACUAAGAUGUUUGUUGAUACUGUUGUCAAGCUUAAUCUACAAAAACUUGGGGUUCUUGCAAUGCACGGAAAUGAAUGAUCUAUAUUCUAUAUAUAGUAUAUGGCAACAAAUUUUGUAUUUCUUGCAAAAGUAUAUGGUAUAGCUCUCAAAAUUUGGAGGAUACCAUAGGUCUGAUAACAGUUUUUAUUUUUUCCCUCCUUUUUCUGUUUAUCCAUAUAAUUUGGCAUGGGUAUGUUGAUUAUUCUGGCCAAUGAUCUCUACUUAUUUUUAAACACCCCUAAAAACAUUAUGUAGUUAGUAUUGGUCUUCUUUUUUUUUUCCUUUUUUCUUUGAACUUUUGUAUGGAUUUUUGAUGGUUGGAUGGUUCAUUCCUCCCAUUUGGUAAUUCCCAAAAAAAAUUAUUAAAAAAAGAAAUGAAGACUCUCUUGUUUUGCAAAUA